UUUCCUUUCGUUCAUUCCUCUCAUCUGUUGCUUUUCAAUAUGUUGUCAAAGAAUUUUGUUCUCGGCCUUGCGCUGGCUACUUCUGUCGUGCAGGCAAGUGUGGACUGCAAUACGACUCAAGAUGCUAUGCUUGGAGCUGCUGCAUCCGAAAGCUCGGUGUGCACGAGUAUCGCGACUGAUGUUUUAAAGGAUGGGGGAAAUGCUGCAGAUGCUAUCAUAGCUUCCCAGUUCUGCGUUGGUGUGAUUGGCAUGUACCAUUCUGGAGUUGGAGGAGGUGGAUUUAUGACUGUUCGAGCUCCCAAUGGCAGUUACGAGUUCAUCGACUUCCGAGAAAUGGCACCUGCGGUAGCUUUCGCAUACAUGUACUCACCGCCCUACGGGACGAGCGCAGAGUCUCUCUCGGGUGGACUCGCAAAUACCAUGACCAGAAAACGAUAUGCGAACACACUUGAAAGUAUAGCGGAAUAUGGACCAGAUGCUUUUUACAAGGGAGCUAUUGCCAAUGCGACGAUUACUGCUUUGCAGAAGCAGAAUGGGACGAUGGCACUUUCUGAUUUGGCGAAUUAUACGGUGCAGAUCAGACAGGUUUCGAACAUUACUUAUAGGGGCUUCAAGAUCUUUAGCGGGAGUGCCCCAUCCAGUGGUGCUGUUGUUGCUAGUGUGUUGAAGAUUGUGGAGGGUUAUGAUAUGUCCACCCCCUCAAACAUCAACCUCUCAACCCACUACCUCGACGAAGGCAUGCGCUUCGCCUACGGUCAACGAACUCUCCUCGGCGACCCCUCCUUCCUGCCCAAUCUCACCACCUACCAAAAAGGCAUGUACUCAGCCUCCACCGCCGCCGAAAUCCGCUCCAAAAUCGAAGAAUACCACACCUUGAACGUAUCGGCCUACGAUCCGAGUAACUACGAGAUCCUGCAAGACGAUGGGACAUCUGCUAGUGUGACGAGUGACAAGAGCGGGUUGACGAUUGCUAUGACUAGUACUGUUAAUACAUUAUUUGGGAGUACGCUCAUGGUUCCUGAGACUGGGGUUAUAAUGAACAAUGAGAUGAACGAUUUCUCCAUCCCCAACACAACAAAUGCAUUCGGCUAUGCCCCCGCGCCAGCAAACUUCAUCGCCCCGUUCAAACGCCCCCUCUCCUCCAUCAGUCCCACCAUAGUCGAAUACCCCUCCGGCGACGUCUACAUCUCGCACGCCUCAGCAGGCGGCUCUCGUAUCAUAACCGAAGUAAUCCAACACCUCUGGCACGUCCUAGACCAAAACAUGACGUCCGCCGAAUCCCUGCGGCAGCCGCGCAUGCACGACCAGCUGUCACCCAACCUGGUGAGCUUUGAGUACGGCAGCGAGACUUUUGGGAUUGUGGGGUAUAGUAAUCAGACGACGAGCUACUUGGCGGAGGUGGAUGGGGCGGCGAUUGGGUUUGUGGCGGUGGGGAGUACGACGGCGCAGGCGUUGAGGGUGCUUCCUAAUGGGACGUUUGAGGCGGCUGGGGAGCCUAGGCAGUUGAAUAGUGCGGGGUUUGCUGUUUAGGGGGGAGGAAGGAUUUGAGGUUGGUCUGGAUGAUAGAAAAGUUUAUAUAAU